CUCAGGCUCAGGCCUCCUUCAAGCAAUGGCAACUCAGAGUGGGGCAGCACUCCUCCUCGCCGGCCUCCUUGCUCUUGCAACCAUCGCCAGCAGCAAUACUGAAGGCGACAUCCUUUACAUGCAAAGGCAGGCGUGGAGGGACCCCAACAAUGUGCUGCGGAGCUGGGAUCCGACCCUUUUCAACCCCUGCACUUGGCUCCAUGUCACCUGCAACAGCGACAACUCCGUCACCCGAGUGGAUUUGGUGGAUGCAGGCAUCUCAGGCACCCUGAUCCCUGAGUUGGGAGGACUGAAGAACCUUCAGUACCUGGAGCUUUUUACGAACAACAUUAGUGGAUCCAUACCAACAACCCUCGGCAACCUGACAAGCCUGGUCACCCUUGAUCUCUACGACAACCUUCUCACAGGCGCGAUACCAGCCUCGCUUGCCAACAUCAGGACGCUGCGUUUUCUGAGGCUGUAUCGGAAUAAACUGUCAGGAGGUAUACCCGCACGGCUGGGCCGUCUAAUGAAGCUUGUCAAGUUGAAUCUUGAGGAUAAUAUGCUGACUGGCACGGUGCCGCUGGAGGUCCUCUCUCUUCUUCUCGUAGGGGACUUGGCUGAACUAAAUGUUGCGAACAACAAUCUUGCCGGCACUGGCCAAUCAUCUGAACCAAGAAUGGCUGUGGUCAUCCAGGACGCGCUCAAGACUACAGGCUGAGCACUACUGGUAACCUGAACUGUAAGAAUAAACAGAAUGAUUUUUCCUAAGGCUGCUGGCAGUAACUGUAGGUCUCUAGCUGCAUCAUGAGCUUUUGCAGACCUUCGUUCAUUUAAGAGUCCGGGGAAAGUUGUGGUUGAAUGUAUUGUAAUCAGUAGCGACUUCGAAAUAAUGAAUCCUUUUGUGCACCUUGAAGUUGAGAUGUGUGUGAGUGUGUCUCAUUUUUUUUCUGAUAAAAGGCAUUUUUAUUAACUUAAAAUGUAGCAUCAAGCGGAUACAAAACAUGAUGAGCAAUACCCGGCCUCUGCAUAACUAAGAAGCACACGGCCAAAAACUAAAAACUAACAGACGAUAAAAAAGUUGACAUAUUGGCAACAGUAGAGUCAUAUAGGACCGACACUAUGCUACGUCAAAUGAGGUGGUGGAUCGAUCCGGAGAUUAUUUUCCACACAUGUUGGAUAAAAACCUCCCUGGUCACCCGCUCCAACCACAUACAUACCACCUUGAACAGUGAUUGGUACUACGUUUGGUGUAGCGUAGACCACAUAUGAAUCCAGUACGUACAACGAAAAAUAACCUAUAAAGGAAAGGAAUAUUUGCCCUCAAAAAUCAAAUCAUUUCUACAUAACCAAAGCGCACAUAAUAAGGCAUACGCUCACACCCUUAUUAGCGUUCUGAACCUAUUUGCAAUUCCGUCCAAGCAAUGACCAAAAAUAUUGCCAACACUCGUGGGCAAAAUCAAAUUGGACGCUACUUGAAUGACUAAUCAUGUAUGCAAAAAUUUACAUUGAAAAAAGAGGUGUUUGAUUGUCUCAUCAUAAGUAAAAAAACUACACUUCUUACUUCCAUACCAAUUGUGACGGUUGAUGUUGUCUUUGUUUAGCAUAACUCCUCUGACGUGAGUGUGUCUCAUGGUAUCCAGCUGGGAAACAAGCCUUUGAUCGGGACAAGAAUCACCCAAAAAAUGGGAAAGGUUGUAGCCAGUGCAAGCUCUUCUCAGCUGGAUCAAGUAAAAUGAGAGGAAUAGGGCGGGCACACAUGGCAGUUUACAGUCUUUCUUUUGAGGUUGCUUUCGCUGGUGGCUCAUUAAAUUAGUACUCCCUAUUACUCACUAAGACGUUUUUUGACAAAUGUUAUGAUACAGAGAUAGUAUCACUUACAACAAAGAGAAAAGAAAACAUCACCGCAAAUCCCGAGUCUCACUAAGGUAUGCAAAAUUACAACCCUGGGUCACAUGUGGCUCGAACACCCCAUUCUGGCCUCCCUUGUUGUAUGUGUUUGGUGAAAUUGGUUGUGUGCAUCCUAAACUAUGCAGAGGCUGGGAGCGUGCUACUUGUUUUUUUAUCUCUUUAUUAUUUAUUUCGAGUUAACGAAACCAUCAUUUAUCAGAAAAAAUCAACAUUGAUGGAUUUUAUUUGAAGACGUUUACAACAAUUAGGUAUCAAGACAUGACUCGCGCAUGUAACGAUGACCAUCAAUAUUUCACACCUGGUGUGUCCACAAACCGAGCACACAUUUUGUUGAUUAGUUAUGUCCGUAAUGCACAAGAAUAAAAAGAUCAACCGCUAGAAAAAAAAACAAAAAACACAAUCAAUGUAAAUUAUCAAGGGUGAGAGCUAAAUCUAGGACAAACCACUUGUUGAUCUCUCACGCACUUUUCAUUUUUCUAUUAUUUACACAACCCCACUCCAGAAAUUUCUAUUAGGAUAUUUGUUAGACUUGUACAGUGUAAGAAAAAUUAUCUCGAUGAUCAAAAGGAGAGAGAGGGAGCAAAAAUAGAGAAAAACACACUGUAUAUCUAAAUAAUGACACAAAAUAUACCAUAGAUAAUUUUGAUUUUAUUGUCAUUUUCUUCUUGCUUUGAUAUAUUUCAACAAAUUUUAAUUCAUUAAACGUGGUUCAAUAUUUUAACGAUGAAUAGAGUUUAACCGCACUGGGUUUGUAUUUGUAACGAUAGGAUAUCUGAAAUCUAUAA